CUAGAAGUAUAGUAUAGUAUAAUUCAACUUUAUUUUCAGACACUUGAGUCCAUAUUUAAAAAAAAAGAGUAUAGUAACAGUAUGUAAACGUACACAAUGCAGUGUAUACAUCCAGAGUUUCUGUGGUGGGUUGAGUUUGAGUGAGAAAACAGUUCAUUAACUGCAGGAGGUCGGACUUUCUCACCAGCACUUAAACAUAUCACGAUAUAGAUAUGAGUGAAAAUACUAGGAAAUGUUACUGCUUUCUGAUCCGACGGCUGUGUGUCUCAUUUCAGACUUAUGAAGACUUAAAUAAAGAAAGUAAAGCCGUCAUGGAAACCUGUAGCACACUCAGCCCAGUGGGUGGCAGACAUCUUUUCUUUUUUAUCCCCAUACGUCUUUCCACAUCCUGUUCAGCCUCCCGUCGCUGUUUACCUGUAGAUGUAGUCACUUUUUUAUCGCUCAUAACUUUGUUUUUUUUUACUUGAAGAUUGUUACUUUUUGGUCGGUUAGCUACUUUCAGUAUGUUUGACCCUUCGACUCAAAGAGCUCUCGGCGGGCUGUGUGUUCUUAGCGCCUUGUUGCUGUCUGUGUCGGGGGAGAAAAUGUUCGAGAGUCGCUCCGGCAUGAUCCAGGACCUCCGGGCGGCCCUGGCUGAGCUGGCCGGGGAGGGAAGGACUCACCUGGGCAGGCUGGCCGGGGAACAGACGGUGCUUUCGGUACAGAAGGCUUUCUCUCAGGUCCUAGGUGCCGUGGCAGGAAGUUUCUCCGCGGGCCUGAAUGUGCUUUUACAGUACAUCUCACACUUCCUGGAGGCUGCUGGUUUCCAAGGUGGUUUCCCCAUCAGCAAAGUGACCCCAGAGGGGCUGAUCUUUGUGACCCAGUGGGUCCUCGCGGCUCUCAUUGGCUACUGGCUGAUCUCCCUGGUCUUCAGAUUGGUUGCCUCCACUCUGAGGCGGGCUCUGUGGCUGCUUAAAGUGGGCCUGGCUCUGGUCGGUUUUGGACUCAUCCUGAGCGACCGCAGCGUGGGCAACGACACCAUGGCCAUCCGAUUGGCCGUGCUUGUGUGCGUCUGCGUGCUACUGGGUGUCGGGACUUUGAGGAACUCCAACGCGGCUGAUAAAAUGGUUCAGCUGGAGGAGCAGGUGGCGAUGCUGGAGAGACGGCUGAGAGAGAUGGAGAGGCGGAGGAGGACGGAGGAGUGACGGAGGAGGGAUGGAGGGAAGUCAAAUGUCCGUCUGUUGUCUCCGCUGUCUUCCUUCCUGAUGCCACCAGCACCGCUGACCUUUAAGGGCUUCUGGAACUUCAAUUCAGAAACAUUUCUACAAUUUGGAUGUUUUCUAUAACGUGUUUGAAAAGUAAUCUAUUACUUAUGAUUUGUUACUAUCAGAUAUGAAUACUUAAGUCAUUCCUAGAAACAGUGAUUUGAGUUUCUUCCUUUUUAAAAAGGCAACUUGUUCCGAAGAAUGUGACAAAGUGUGAAGGAAAAAGCUUUUACGUCCAAUGUUCUGACCGUCUUCACGUUGCAUUAAAGAAACAUUUUGGGAAAUAUUUGUCUUUGCUUUAUUUUUGAAAGUUGGAUGAGAAGGUUGAUGCUGUCGCAUGAACAUGAUAUCAAUCUUCUCCUCUCACUCUCGGAAAGAAAGCCAAUAGGCGUGUUUUUCAAAGUUGUUUCAAAAUGUCCUAACAACUCUUUAUUAACUUAU